AUGCAGUUCAGAAUGGAACCGUUAAGCUCCGGGGUGAAGGACCAGGUGUCACGCAUCUCGGCUGCAUGCUUGGAUCGCUCUCUCAGAAGAGCAUCCAAGUUCGUGAGCGAUCCAGGGUCCGUGCUGCAACGGACAAUUGACCACGCUGUCGAGGCGUUCACUGCCUCCAUCCAUUCAGCAAUCAUGAUCAAGGCCGAGCUGGAUGGAAGGGAGGCCUUGACAGCGAAAGAGAGGGAGAAUUCUUCUGCUGCCUUGAAGGCUGCCACUACGCUCAAAGGCGAGCUGCUGAAGGCUCGGAGCGAGGUGGAGACAUUCUGA